CUGGAGGAAAACCCCCGUUGACACGGAGAGAACAUGGAAACUAUACACCUCAUAUUACAUGAGGUGACGGUGCAACACUUCAUAUCGCAUGAGGUGACGGUGCUACACCUCAUAUCGCAUGAGGUGACGGUGCUACACCUCAUUUCGCACGAGGUGACGGUUAUACAUCUCAUAUCGCACGAGGUGACGGUGCUACACCUCAUAUCACACGAGGUGACGGUGCUACACCUCAUAUUGCACGAGGUGACGGUUAUACAUCUCAUAUCGCACGAGGUGACGGUGCUACACCUCAAAUCACACGAGGUGACGGUGCUACACCUCAUAUCACACGAAGUGACGGUGCUACACCUCAUAUCGCACGAGGUGACGGUGCUACAUCUCAUAUUGCACGAGGUGACGGUUAUACACCUCAUAUCGCAGGAGGUGACGGUUAUACACCUCAUAUCGCAGGAGGUGACGGUUAUACACCUCAUAUCGCACAAGGUGACGGUGCUACACCUCAUAUCGCAUGAGGUGACGACAGUGCUACACCUCAUAUCGCAUGAGGUGACGACAGUGCUACACCUCAUAUCGCAUGAGGUGACAGUGGUGACGGUGCUACACCUCAUAUCGCACGAGGUGACGAUGGUGACGGUGCUACACCUCAUAUCGCACGAGGUGACAGUGCUACACCUCACAUCGCACGAGGUGACGGUGGUGACGGUGCUACACCUCAAAUCGCACGAGGUGACACUAUGCAUUUGUGAAGUAUCUAUAGGCCACUAGUCCCACGAUGGCGAUGCCAGCACACCAACCUACAUUUAGUAGAACGCCAGCACCGAUUUUCCGCCAACUUGAGGUCUGAUCCUCAGCAGCUGGAGCCUCUGAGCGGUUCUCAUGUGUCUGAUCCUCAGGUCUAGUCUUCAACGAGCUCUUUUUGCGGUUGACCUCAGGCGAGGUUGGGGUAGAACUACUGUUUCUGUGAGUGGUCAUCCAGCCUUCUGUGACCAAGAUAUUUGCCGGUCCUUUCCCUGUCAGAGAUUCAGGCGAGGUUGGGGUAGAACUACUGUUUCUGUAGUCUGUCAGGUGAGAUUUCCUGCGGGGAGCUGUCUGCGAGUGAGCGGUCAUCCGGCGUCCUCUGCUCACGUUAUCUGCAGGUCGUUGCUCUGUCAGAGAUUCAGGCGAGGUUUGGGUAGAACUACUGUUUCUGUAGUUUUUCAGGUUAGAUUUGCUGCGGGGAGCUGUCUGCGAGUGAGCAGUCAUCCGGCGUUCUCUGCUCACGUUAUCUGCAGGUCGUUGCUCUGUCAGAGAUUCAUGCGAGGUUGGGUUAGAUCUCCUUUUUCUGUGGUCUGUCCGGUGCGAUUUCCUG